AUCUCAAUCUAGCAAGCAAGCAGCCCCAAAUUCUCCCAAAUGGUUCAUCUGGUCCUCUAUGGCACGGAGACGAGUCCACCGGUGCGGGCUGUCCUUCUGACACUGCGCGCCCUGGAGCUGGAGCACGAGUUCCGGCGACUGGACAUGCAGGCCGGCGAGCACUUGGAGCCGGAACUGCUGCGCAAGAAUCCACAGCACACAGUGCCCAUGCUGGAGGAUGGUGAGGCAUGCAUCUGGGACUCCCACGCCAUCAUUGGCUAUCUCGUGAACAAGUAUGCCCAGGAUGAUGCCCUCUACCCCAAGGAACCGCUGCAGCGGGCGGUGGUGGAUCAGCGUCUGCACUUCGAGACCGGUGUGCUCUUCCACGGCUGCUUCAAGCCGCUGCAGCGGGCCCUCUUCAAGGAGAAUGAUGCCCCCGAAGUUCCCAAGGACCGGAUUGCCGAUCUUCACGAAGCCUACGCCCAUCUGGAGCGGUUUCUCGGCGAGAAUCCUUACCUGGCCGGCGGCCAGUUGACAAUCGCCGACUUCAGUGUGGUCGCCACCGUGAGCACUCUGCACCUGAGCUAUUGCCCCGUGGAAGGCGCCAAGUAUCCCAAGCUGUCCGCCUGGCUGGCCAGGCUCUCCACCCUGCCCCACUACGAUGAGGACAACCUGCGUGGCGCCCGCCUGCUCGCCGAAAGGGUCCGCGCCAAACUGCCCAAGCAGUUCGACAAGCUCUGGCAGAAGGCCUUCGAGGACAUCAAGAGCGGAGCCGGCAAGCACUGAGCGCACUCGUUGUGGUCCUCGGAAGUGGCUCCUCUUUGUUGAUAUACCUAUACCUGUACACGAGUCCAAAUAAAGUUCGCCUGUCCACUUUA